GUGUCGGUGAGUGCAUGGCCUCGACGUUGAUCCAGUUUCAAGUUUUUUAUUCCGCAACGCCGUAGACCCUUUCCAUAUGUAAAAUAAAAGGAAUCAAUCGUAAUGCUGUCCUGUAAAAGGCCAUGGAUAUGAUAAAAACGGAGUAUGAGUUCCUAGACUUGACAGAUGUGAAAGAAGCGGAACUGAGCAGCUUACAGUGUGCACUCUUCGAGAGGAAACCCCAGGCUACGACCAACGGUUGGACGGAGCCUGCUGUAGAUAACUCUUCGUGUUCGUCGAGUAGUGGAAGAGGCGCGACCGUGUCGAGCAGCCUGGACAGCCUGUCGGGCGGCGAGUGCGAGAUGGCGCCCCACUCGCCCCAGCGCGCCGGCCCGCCGCCCUACCCCCAGCCGCCCGCCUACCCGCCGCCCCAGUGGCCCGUCGCCCCGCCUAACGUAUACGUCAGCCAAGUGACCGCCAACGUCAACGUGCACGGCUACAUGGGCCAGUACUACCAGCCGCCGCAGCAGUACGUCCCCCAGCCGCAGCAGGUGGAGCGCCAGGCGAGGAACCACAGGCGCGACAGGCGCAACAAGCGCGCACCCUCGCCGCCGCCGCAGCCGCCCUACUACGUGCCCUACUCCCAGUACUACCCGGCUGCGCAGGCGCAGGGCGCACCCCUCUACCAUCUCCCGGCCAUGUACCAGCCCGUAAUGUACGGACCCUACGCGUACCCCCCCUACUACCCCGAAUACCCCAUGCCGGUGGAGGGCGAGGCGGAGAAGGUCCCCGAUGAGUACCAGCAGGAGGUGGUGAUGGAGCAGGAGGCCGUGGACGCGUACUACGCGGGCGCCCACUAUGCCGCCCCGCCCUACGGCCCGCCGGUCGAGGGCGGUGUGGAGUACAUGCCGCCCAUGUACAUCCCGCCCCACCACGUCCAGAUGCCCGCGCCUCCACACCCGCCUCCCCACUCCGCCCCCCACCAGUUCAAUGUUCACGCGAAGAACUUCGUCGCCGGCCAGAGCCACAAGAACUACGCGGAGAAGGGCCAGGAGCAAAAGCCGAUAGCCGCUUCUACGUCGGCCGUAGUGGACUCCGUUCCGAUAAAAGACCUCAAGAUCAGCAAGGGACCCGGCAGCCCCAAGCAGGAGAAACCCGCGGAGGUAGCGAAGUCGCCCGCCAACGAUAAGACCUCGCCCACGAUAAAAUCGGACACCACGAAACCGGCGUGGAACGCUGAGAAACAGGACAGCCAAGUUCAACCUGUCAAGGCUUUCCAGCCAGCCAGCGCGCCGGCCCCGGCGUCCAAGGUGCCCCCGGUCGUAGGAAAGCCGACUAAGGGACCGGCGGCUCCGUUCCCGACGGCGAAGCAGCCGCAGAAGCCGCUAGCACCGACUGCGCUGCCGGUACAACCUGCCGCGUCAACUCCGAAGCCACCAUUCGGAAACAGACAGAAGCGCGACGGCCCUCCCAACCGGUCACCGUCCAACGAAAAUCCCGAGGUCGAAAAGACCGUCCCAGUGGAGCACGCCAAGCGCGAGCCUCCUCUGCCCCCGAGCAAGGCGCCCAUGCCGAUUUCUAUAACACUACACGCACAGGGACCACCAGUGAUCGUAACCAAUAAGUCGCCGUUUGGGCACUCGAGGAAGGCUAACGCCGUGCCUGAACCGGCUCCGGUUCCCCAGCCGCCGCCUCCCGCGCCGACCGCGUCCGACUUCCCCCCACCUCCUACCCCCAGGAAUAGGGGAGAUGCUCUUCCUCCUCCAGUAGUCCAGCCCCAGCCGCAGCCUCAGCCACCGGGCAAAUCCUGGGCGAGUCUAUUCUCGAAUAAGCCGGCAGCUCCCGCCGUCUCUUCAACGGUAGCGGUGGAGGAACCAAUAAGCCCGACCACUUUGACGCCGCCCACGGCUGCUAAUGUAAAACCAGUGGCCAAAGUUCCACCCUAUGAUGCGUCUCCAUUGACAGCGGCUGCGGAUAAAGCAUCCCCAGUGCCUAAACCGGCUGUAACCAGCACGCCCGCAAUAUCCUAUUCAGAGAAGACUUCGGUAAAUGCUGUGAGCAAUGUACCAUCACAGACAGUUCCUAAGGCCUCGACGCCUAACGAGGUGCGAGAGGUGCCGAUACAAAAAGAGACAACCGCUCUACCCGUGCAGCCAUCUCCCUUCAGCGAUGACCCCAAUUCGUACCGGAUGGGAGAGUUCCUUGCUAAAUACCAACUGGACAAUCGCACGGUGACGCUCCUGCCGCGCGGCCUAACAAACCGAUCGAACUACUGCUAUGUCAACGCAAUCCUGCAAGCGCUGAUCGCCUGCCCGCCCUUCUAUAACCUGCUCAAGACCCUGCCCUACCAGGCGAGAAAAGGAAAGUCCAGUACGCCCGUUAUUGAUGCUAUGGUGGAGCUCUGUUACGAGUUCUGGUCGGGCAACAACCCGUCGGGCCGCCGGUUGCGCGACGCCGGCGCGGUGCCCGGCGGCCCGCCGCUCGACGGCGCCGCGGCCCUGCGUGUGCUCCGUGCGCUCCGCUUCCCCGGCUCCCAGGAGGGCCGACAGGAAGACGCUGAGGAAUUCUUAGGAUGCCUCCUGAAUUCCCUGAAUGAUGAGAUGCUUGAGCUGAUUAAGCUGGUGGAGCCCGAGGAACCUAAGGACAGCAACGGCAAGCCCAAUGGCGAAGUGGCUCCAGAACAGCCCGCCGAGGACGAUGAUGAUGAUGAGUGGAAGGUGAUGGGCCCGCGUAAUAAGGGUGCGGUGGAACGCAGAUGGGCGGCGCGUCGCACGCCUCUAGCGGAUAUAUUCCGGGGACGCACGCGCCUGCGUCUACACCGCGCGCCCGCUGCCGCUGCGCCCGCACCGCCGCCGCAUCUAGUUACGGAUGCGGUGCAGCCGUUCUUUACGUUGCAACUGGAUAUUGAGCGCUCCAACACCGUGAAGGACGCGCUAGAGCUGCUCGCCGGCAAGGACACGCUAGAGGGCGUGUCGGACGCCUGGCAGCAGCUAUCGCUGGAGCAGCUGCCCGUGGUGCUGCUGCUGCACCUCAAGUGCUUCCAGCUUGAUGCUGAAGGGCAUACGGCCAAGAUCGUCAAGAACAUCGACUUCCCGAUUGAUCUCAAGAUCGAUCCUAAAAUAAUGUCAGCAAAAUACAGCACAAAGCAGCGCUUGUACAAGCUGUUUGCGGUGGUGUACCACGAGGGAGUUGAGGCUGUGAAGGGACACUAUGUCACGGACACCUUCCAUGGCCAAGCUGGAUGGAUCAGAUACGAUGACUCCACUGUCACCCAAGUGACAGACGCUCAGGUUCUGAAGCCGAAGCCGCCGCGCAUGCCGUAUUUACUGAUGUACAGGCGACACGAUACUCUCCCUCCUCAUAGAGCACCAGGGAAGCAGGAGUAGGGGAAUGCAUGUACCAGGAACGCAGGAGUAAAUAAGUGCACUAGAAAAGCAGGGGUAAAAGAAAAGAGUGCAUCUAAAAAGCAGGGGUGAGGAAAUAGUGCAUUAAAAAGCAGGGGUCAGAAAAUAAGUGCACCAGAAAAGCAGAAGUAAAUUGAGCCACAAAAACAGCAGCAAAUUGAAUCAAUCACCAAGGAAAACGGGCGAAAAAGUGCACUAGAAAAACAGGAGUUAAGUGUCGUGCUUAAUUAAUGGGAACCAAGUGUAAAGUGUGCACAAAAUGUACAUUACCUUAAAGAAUUGUUAUGUUGAUAGUGUUUAAUGGAUUUUUGUUGACUAAUUUCUACUAACAUUCUCUGGGGAAUUGUUAAAUGUAUAUAGCACUAAGUGUAAAUAGAAUAUAGAUCCUAAAUAUAUCUAAAUGUAUAAUAUUAUUGCUUUAUUAAUAUAAAGUUUGACUCAAUAAUUGCAUGUAAAUAUGUUGAAACGAAGCUUUGUAACCCUUGUUUGCAUAUAAAGUAUUUUUUAUUCGAGAAAAAAUGUAAAAUACAAAAAAUGUUUAUUAAUAUCUUAUCAUUAAGAUUUGAAAAGAAUGGAAUGGAUCAAGUGUUGGUGUAGGAAUGAAAAUAUCUUGGAAAGUUAGUUUAGGUGUUGCAAAGGAAAAUGUUUUUUUUAAAUAAUUUUAAAGCUGAGUAUAUACUGUUUUACAGCACAUCCCUUUGGGCUAUCAAAAGUACAAAGUAGAUGAGUAAGUUGUGUUUUGCACAAUCAUAAUUAAUGAAAAGAUAAAUAUCAUAUCUUGUCAAGUUGGUUAUUGGAAUUAUCUUGAAAAUAUCUUAUAUAAUUUGGUGGAGCAUAAGAUUGACAUUACUUGAAACUUUGCAAAAAAGAUAGUUGAUUUACAAAAGUGUAAUGACAAAAUCUAUAACUUGCAUAAAAACAUAGUUGAUUUAACAGUUAUUGAGUAAUGUUACUCUUAAAAAGGAAUUGGUGCUUAGACGGACUAAGGAAGUGAGAGAGUGCCCUUGAAUUUGUGAUAGUGUCGGUUUUGGCGUACAGAUUGUUAGCUGUAGUGUCCGUUCAGAUAUUCUACCUCGGACAGGACAAUGCUAAUGAGGAUCACAGAAACUCUGAGAUAGAAUAACAUUGAACGGUCUAUAGUCUCGUAAGUGUUAAAUAUAAUAUAGAUAUAUGUUCUCGCCUAUUGAAUGUGGCACGCCUGUUUUUAAUAUUAUUAUUCAAAAUCAACUGAUUAUAUAAUAUGAAAAUAUUCUGUUGAGUUUGGCUCGCACGAGGUCUGGCCUAUUUUAUUUCGUUGUUGUGAUUACAUGCAUAUGCAUGUGCGAUGUAAAUAGUUCCACAGAACGCCAAUCCACUGUGAAACCCUUUAAGAUGUCUUUAUAAAUAUUUAAAUGUAAAAAAAACUUGCAAUUGGUCAAUUGGCUUAUACGUAAAAUAAUUACGAACAGCUAGUUGACAAUAUUAUUGUAUAAAGUUAUACAAUAAUUGACUUUUUGCUUGUUUAUUUGCUUGUUUAUUCGUUGUGUGAAAGAUAUUAUGUUGAGACGAAACUGCUCAAACCGAACUGUGUGAUAUGUUGUGUUGAUGGACUUUGAUUUAUGGUAGUGAAAAUCUGAUCUCACCAGACAUUGUUGGGUUGAUCAUCCCAGAAGAUGAACUAGCUAUUUUCGAUUGAAUAGUUUAAUAAACGUAAGUUUUGUUUAAGCGUAAAAUGAUCUAAAAUGGAAUUUGGGUUUGUUUCCAAAUGAAAAAAAAAAUUAGUCCCUAACUUAGUCACUUAAUUAUAAUAAAGUUUUAGUUUUUAUUUCGGUGUGGAGUCUAAUGUAAGGUUGCUUUUGGACUUGGGUUUGUAGUUAAUGUUGGCAAUAAUUCUGGCCACAAUGAGAAUGGUCCAAAACGAUGAAAUGUCCAAUACAAAACU